CAAUAUGCUGAUGUUUUUUACUAGGAAAUGUGCUGCUAUUUUCAGAACAAACAGCAUUGUUCGAAGGUAUUGUUUAAACGUUGAUCGAUUAAGAAUUCUUUUCUUUGGGACAGACACGUUUUCUUUGCCUAGUCUAAAACUUAUUCACAAAAACGUGAAAACAGAGGGUAAAGUUCAGGCCCUCGAAGUGGUAACGUCCUUUAAAGCAGCCAAAAACCCGGUAAAGCAUUAUUGUCUAGCAGAAGGAAUACUGUCACAUGAUUGGAAUGUUUUUUCAGCAAGUACAAAUACGUCGUUCAACCUCGGCGUAGUGGUCUCAUUCGGCCACCUUAUCCCUGAAACAAUAAUUAACACAUUUAGCCGAGGAAUGAUUAAUGUGCAUGCUAGUCUACUGCCGCAAUUUCGAGGUGCAGCGCCCAUCGUACACGCAAUUGCUAGCGGUGCUGAGCGGACGGGGAUUAGCAUAAUGCGAAUCAAACCAAAACGCUUUGAUGUGGGUGAAAUCCUUUUACAAUCAAGUGUGCACAUUACUCCUGAUAUGGUGAUGCCUCAGCUGCACGACCAACUGGCGGAAAAAGGCGCUGUAUGUUUAAUGCAAUGCAUUGGAAAUCUGGACCAUCACUACAGAUACUCAAUCCCUCAAGAUGAUCUUGAAGCAACAUACGCACCGAAAAUCGGUCAAAAUUUCGCAGAGAUUCACUGGAAGGGCCAGACUGCUCUACAAAUUUAUAAUUUGUAUCGUUCACUUUACAGUUUAAAACCAUUAACUACGAUGUUUGAAAGUGAAAUAGUGAAAUUAUUUAAAAUUAGAUAUGAUCAUAAUCAAGCAAAAUUUACCAGCGGCCGGGCACAUGAGGGUGCUGGGUGUAUAGUAUACUUUAAAAGCACUAAAAAACUAAUGGUAAGAUGCCACGGUGGUUGUUUCAUAGAAAUAGUGCACUUAUCUAUUGGAAAUAAAAAAGUGUGCACUGGGCAGGACUUUUAUAAUGGAUAUUUAAGUAAAGUGGAUACUUCCAGAAGGUUCUUUGGAAAGUAAC